CAACUCUGCGCGCGUGUGCCAGUGUGUGUGUGUCUGAGCUACGAGAGAGAUGCAGAGAGCGGGAGCAGGAGAAAAGAACAGCACUCUCUCACUGCCGCUGGAAGCUGCUACAGCUGCCGCUUGUGUUUCCACUCCAACACCCUGAAGCCCAUUCGCCGACACUGACAGCAGAACCUCUUUGUUUUUUGUUGUUUUUAGUUUUUUUUCCUUCAGGUAGGGGGGGUUAUUUGUUUGGACAGCCAGCCAGCCUGCCAGCCUGCCAGCCAUCCAGCCAGCCAGCCAGCCUGCCUGCUUGUGCUUGCCUCGCACCUGUAUGUAUGCAUGCACGUGUAGCACAGGGUUUGUGGGGUAGGCACCAGUGGGGGACUGCGUAGCGAGGGACUGAGGUGAGGCUGGUGGUGCUGGUGGAGGAGGAGGAGGUGGUGGUGGCGGCGGCAACGGCGGUGGUGAUGGUGGCGGCGGCCGGCGGUGUGUGAGAGCUUACGAGCGAGGGAUCGAUGCCCCCCGCCCCCACCUCCUGAGGAGUAACUGAUGAGAAGCGACGCCGCCGCCUCGGCGUGGAGGGUGACCCCCCCGUGACCGUGCCUCAGGUACAGCAGGGACAAGCCCCCCGGGCGCGCGGCCCCUGACCCACCACGACGAGGAUGGGCUGCAAUCUGUGCACUUUACGCAAGCGGGAGGACCACUACAAGCUGCUGUAUGAGAUCGCACAGGUUAACGGCAAGGAGCUCUCCAAGUCGUGCCAUGAGGGCCCGGUGGAGGCCUUCCGCAGUGCCAAGGAGCCCAUGGUGGUGCAGGUCAUCCGCCGCAGCCCUGGUGGCUGCCCCCACGGCCUCCCUCAGGAAAUCCACGUGGUGGACGUCUGCACUCAGACCGACAUCACCUUCGAGCACAUCAUGGCGCUGGCCAAGCUGCGACCUACGACCCCUCCCGUGCCUGACAUCUGUCCCUUCCUGCUCUCGGACAGCUGUCAUUCGCUCCACACGAUGGACCAAGAAUUCUAUGAAGGCCCGGACUACCUCUCCCCACUCCCAGCCGACGGAGAGAGGACCGAGGAGUUUGAGUACGAGGAGGUGGAGCUGUGCCGACUGAACAGCCAGGAGAAGCUGGGCUUGACUCUGUGCUACAGGACUGACGAGGAGGAAGAUGUGGCCAUCUACGUCAGCGAGAUCGGUCCCAACAGCAUCGCCGCCAGGGACGGACGGAUCCGUGAAGGGGACCGCAUAUUACAGAUAAACGGGCAGGACGUGCAGAACCGCGAGGAGGCGGUGGCCGUGCUGGCCAACGAGGACUGUCGGAACAUCCUGCUGCUGGUGGCCAGACCCGAGCUGCAGCUGGAGGAGGCCUGGCUGGAUGAUGAACACAGUGAGUUCCUGGAGCAGCUGAAGAUGGAGAUGUUGGAGGAGCAGCAGAGGGAGGAGCUGGAGCUUGCUGCCCUCCAGGAGGUGAACCAGCCGGAAGCGGACUACAACCUGGCCAGCUGCUCCGCCCUCCCCGGCGACAAGGCGGGCGGGGCGCGCCUCAAGCGGAGCCCCGGCGAGAGCUCGGAGCACGACGUGCUGGCUCACAUCCAGCGGCGGCUCUCCCAGUGCCUGAGGGACAACCGCGGCGGCGCCGACGACGACGACGGCCACGGGGAGCAGCGGGAGCCCCUGGUGGAGGACAACCGGGAGGGAGACCGCUUCCAGCAGCUGCUGGAGCUCAAGUGCCAGAUCCGCAACAGCGGCGAGUACGACCUGUUCUACAGCCGCCGCAGCACCAUCGAGGUCAGCCUGGCGGAGCAGGGUGGGGUGCAGCGGGAGCUGCGCAUGCUCAACGACGAGCUGCGCAGCAUCGAGCUGGAGUGCCAGAACAUCAUGCAGGCGCACAAGCUCCGGCAGGGCCCGCAGGGGGGCACGCGGUCCGAGGGCGGCUCCCCGCUCCACCACCACAACAACAACAAGGAGCACAGCCUGCGCCGCGGCCACGCCCACACCAAGGGCAAGGUGGCGGGCGGGCCGGGCGGCCGGCUGGAGAAGUCGGACAAGGACAGCUCCAGCGCCUACAACACGGCGGAGAGCUCCAGGAGCACGCCCCUGGCCAUGGACCGCUCCCCGGAGCACUCGCUGCAGCGGAUGGUCAGCCUGACCAACCAGAGGAACCUGCGCGGCAGCAGCAGCCUGGCGGCGGGCAGCUCCCUCAGCCCCAGCCCCGGGCCCAGCCCCAGCCCCGGGCCCUUCUACCCCCGGGCGGCGGGGGGGCCGCCGGCCAAGAGCAGCAGCCCCGACCACAGCAACCCCUCCGAGUCGGACCACACCACCCAGGCGGAGGACGAGAGGCGGGGGGGCCAGGCCAAGGCCAGCGGCUCGCAGAUCCCGUACUUCUCGCCGUCCCACAGCUCGCAGCAGAGGCAGGCGGCGGUGAUCCCGGCGCACGCGCGCCACUACCAGAGCUACAUGCAGCUCAUCCAGCAGCGCUCGGCCGUGGAGUACGCCCAGAGCCAGCUCAGCCUGCUCAGCGUGUGCAAGGAGCCCCAGCGGCCCAGCGACGCGCCGCAGAUGGAGUGGAAGGUGAAGAUCCGCAGCGACGGCACGCGCUACAUCACCAAGAGGCCCGUGAGGGACAAGAUCCUGCGGGAGCGCGCGCUGAAGAUCAAGGAGGAGCGCAGCGGCGGGAUGACCACGGACGACGACGCCAUGAGCGAGAUGAAGAUGGGGAGGUACUGGAGCAAGGAGGAGCGCAAGCAGCACCUGGUGCGGGCCAAGGAGCAGCGGCGGCGGCGGGAGUUCAUGCAGAGGAGCCGCCUGGAGAGCCUGAAGGAGAACCCUCAGAGCAGCGGGGAGGGACGCAGCAAGGAGGUGAGCAUCAUCGAGCUCAGCCACAAGAAGAUGAUGAAGAAGCGCAACAAGAAGAUCCUGGACAACUGGAUGACCAUACAGGAGCUGAUGAUCCACGGCACCAAGGCGCCCGAGGGAGCCCAGGUGCACAACGCCUUCCUCUCGGUCACCACUGUAUAAAGGAUAGACAAACACACACGCACGCACACACACACACACACACAGACGUACGCGACAGAGAAAUCCACUCAGUCUACCCCAUGCGGUAUGAUUAUACUUGCCUCGUUCAAUGUGGCGUUUUUAUGAGGACCAUAGGAAUAUUUUUCACACUUUGUAACCCAUAGAUCAUUUUGUAAGCAAAUUCUCAAUGGUGUCAUGGUAUAUUCUUUGGGUUCUCCGGGCAUUGCUGUAUUUUGUUCAUGUUGCUCUUCCAGAAAUCGUUUUUCUAUGAAAUUAUGGUACUGUAAUCAAUUUUCUCGGUUUACUCUGUGUAUGGUACCCUUUUGGCUAUUGGUUGAUUUAUUACGUUUAAAUCCGCAAACAGUCCCUUAAAUGUCUUUAAGUGCAAACGAAACCAGCCAAUCAUUGUGUCCUUCGGUUUGCUUGUGACCCUAUAUGAGCGUUUUACUCGAUCUUGCGAUAGACGACUCUGUUUAUUUGACUCGAUGGCAGUCAAAGGGUUUACAUUGCAUCACUGCAGUGCUGUAAUCAGGAAGGAAAAUAUAAAGUCCAUAUCAUUAGUUGAACUUGUACAAUGGUUAUUCUUCUGCUUUUCCCAUUUUAUUUAAAAGAUGCCACACUUACCACAUGGUUGUUAUUUAUGAGUGGCUUUUGGAUCAACUGUUACAUGGUGUGACAUGUCUAUUUAGAUCCCCAUACUAAUACGGUAAUAACGAGUGUAUUCAUGCACCGUAAACCACAUCCCGGAGUGAAGGAGCCACAAGGAGUUUGAGCAGAAAAUAUUGAAAGAGUAUCAGUCUACUACCACGGAAGAUCCAACUGCAAACGGUAGGAAUCAAACAGAACAUCAUUUGUUUUUCAUAUGAGUGUUUCACUUUAAUACUGCCAACUGUAUCACUGUACUGUAUCUGUUCUUGUUCAAAAUUUUUCAUACAAUUCUUACAAACAAGACACCAAAUAUUUUCAAGUAGUUGGGACAUUUCUAUGAAGAAAAAAAGUGGCUAUCUCUCUUUACAACGAUACUCUUCAUACAUUUUUACGAUUAUCUUGUACGAUUCAGUUCUACAGAUUUUUAAGCGACAAAAUGGUUUUACCCCCAAAUGACCGCUAAGACUUCUGAGUACUGUCGAAGACACAGGUUCUGCUGCUGAUCAACUCUCUGUGAAUGGAAGACCAGGUCGGUUUACUACUUACUUAUUUUGCUUUUAUCUACAGCGACUUACAGUGAACCCAGAUACAGUUCAUUAAGGGAGCAGGUUGUGGGUAAGGCAAAAUCUCACUCCAGGAUUGCUACAGUUAAACAUGAACCGUUAUUUGGAUGUUAACACCUUAAACUGCAUUGACUGCGUUACAAAAAUCUCACCUCUAAGUCCAAAAGACAUAUCAUGAUGGCACAGAACUCCAUGGAUUUCUGACAAUAGAGUACUGCAACUUUUCCCAGGUAUGAAUCUCUUUUUGUUUCAUGGCAUUUAAUCUAAAUAUAUUUUAUACUCCGUAACAAAGGACCUUCUCAUAACCUUUUUACAUAUCAGUAUUUUUACAUAUUUUUUUACUCUCCAUAUUUGACAACUUUACUCAGCAUAGCCUUAACAGUUGAAACUGAACUAAUGUAACGUUUGAAGUGGAAACCGGAUUUCUGUUGCAGCAUUUCAUAAAAAAAUGCAUAGUUCAACACAAUGAUAGGAGCAUUAUUUUCCUCGGUUUUUUUUGUUUGUUUUUACAUCAUUUUGAUUUUUAGAAGUAAAUCUCUGAUAUGGAAUUCAUUUUGAAUGAAAAGUGUUCGCCAUCAUUUAUGUUAACAUUUAACAUGUUUUGAUGAAUCCCACUGAGCCACUCAGCUCAGAGCACAGCAAUGCUUUCCAUUUUGUCUUAAAAAGUUCGCAAUUCACCAACAGACAUUUCCGGUUUGGUUACAUGUACAGCAAUGUCAUUUCCAAAAGGCCUAAUUAUUUUACUGGAAUGUUGUAAAGAAUUGUUUCGAUUUCAACCCCGACUCUUGUAUUUGUUUAAGUCAAUGUCCAAUAGUCUAAUUUCGAGUAAUAUGUAGUUGGCGCAUUUGUAGCCAGGUAAAACAUGUGAUAAUUGUGCUCAAUGAAAAUAAAUGAUAAUAAAUUAUUGUUUUUUGAAAUAAAA